AAUGAUCACCGUGAGUGAGAUGAGAAGGGAUUCUGCUUCAUUCAUGCGAUCUGCGUUCUGUUGAUGCUCGAACCCACCGAGGUGCGCUGGACAAGUGAAUCACAGUGGGUUUUCGGAGGUAGACGUUUGUAGGUAAUGUAGGCAAAGUGAGUACGGUGUGAAUGAGAAAUAAAUCUCGCCAUCUUGAUUUUUUGUACACUUUCCAGUACGGUAGUCGUUGAGCAGCAGUCAGUGUCAGUGGUUGUGUAGAAGGUUCGAAGAAGUCAAUUAAAAUUAGGGUAGAUGUGUUAGCUGAUUUGCUGAUUGCUGCUAGUUUGGAGCCAUUUUUCUGGUUCAAUAAGGCUUGAAAGUGCAAAUUUUAUGCGCGAAAUAUGAUAAUUGUUUGGAGAGAGGUACGGUGCAAGUGUUUCGAUGGUGGUUUAAGCUGUGGAUCGUGCUCAGUGUCGAUGAUGUUAACAACAAGUGGGCUCGUGGGCUAUUUAGCCGAAGCGGAGGGUGGUUAUUAAAUGGUGGAUUUGAGGCUUUUAAUUGCCCAGUGUUAAUCGCACUCAUAAGUGCUCUCGUUUUGUUCGUGUUGUUCUCUUCUGCUUCCUUCGUCCGUGUUUGGCGAGAUACAUAUUAUUGGGAGGUUGAAUGAACUCGGUGCAAUCUGCCGGAGAGGAGGAACGAUAUAUUCUAAUAUUGAACAUCCUGUGUCGAAAACAAGAUCCAAUUUCUUCGGGAGUAAAUUGUUGAAGCGCGCUAUGGCGAAAACGGACUCUGAGCUGUACGCGAUCGUCUAGUGGUGGAGCGCCCCGUGGCAGCAGCAGCAGCAGUGUAGGCAGUAGAAAGAGCAUAAGUCGUGUGCCAUAAAUUUAGUUAAGAUAUAGUUAAUCACGGCCGAAAGUAGGUUGACGGAAUGACGAAUUCUGGUCAUGCGGUCGUAGUUUGGGAGUUUGAAUCUCGGGGAGCCAAAUGGCUGCCUUACAGUCCAGCCGUCUCGCAACACUUGGAACGUGCCCACGGGAAAAAGUUGACCCGUGUUCUGCUGAGCGAUGCAGAUCCUUCCCUGGAGCAAUACUACGUCAAUGUUCGGACUAUGACCCAGUGCUGCGAGGAACAAGAGUUCGCCGUGACCAAUGUCCGAAGACAUUUCUACAAGCCAAGCUCUCCGGCUGGCAAAGGAACCAAAUGGGAGUGGUGUGGAUCAUCCGGAAACGACUGGCACAGCUACACCAUGGAAGUCCAAUGCGUAGUAGAAGAAGCUUGGGCGCGAGGUGAUCAAACGAUAGAUCUAACCAAAACAUUCCUUACUCUACCCUAUACGAUAAACUUCUUAAAUCUCACGCAAAUUCGCCAUCAAAAUGGACCGCUCCGAAGUAUACGAAGGAUACAGCAGGCUCCAUAUCCUCUGGUAAAGCUACCAAAUCUACAGACAAUUGCAACCCCUCAGCCCUCUUUGGUUGCUCCAAGUCUUCCCCCAAAACCAAAUCAAGUGGCCUCGAGUGUGAGCUCUUGCUCGUCCACAUCCAGUUCGCAGCAAUCCACUACGCAGCUUCAUUCGAAAUCAAAAUCUCAGCCAGUGUUAUGUGCCAACCAGCAGAAGCGGCCCACCAAAACUCUCAAAGUUAGCAAACAAAUCGACAUGGUUCCAGUCACACCAACCAAUCUGGCUCGCCAAAUAUUGCACAAUCUGAACAUAUUUGGAACUAAGCAUUCCCAGCAUCAAGAGCUACCCGACUAUCCUCAACAUAAUGGUCCAUCCAGCUCCACCCAGCCACAUCACCAUCAGCAGCAAUUCCAAUCAAACUCCCAUCAACAAUCAAUCCGGAGUCAUCCGAACAGUCGUUCGAUGGGAUUCCAAAGACAACGGAGCAAAUCCCGUAGCCGAGGAGAAUCGUUGAUCGAAACCGAUUCGUCCAGCAUCAAUUCAGGUCGGAGACCGAGCGUGGAUACGGUUUCCACCUACCUCAGCCAGGAGAGCAAGGACAGCACUGGCCGGAAGAGUAACAAUCUUGGCUCGGUUUCCGAUCUGCUGGACUGCUCGAUGGGAAGUGACGACGUGUUUACGUCCGCAUCGUCGCAGCAAAACAUUCCCGGAGCGAUUGUCGGGGUGGAUCCGGCUAGUGAUAUGAUUUCGCGAUUCGUGCGGGUGGUUGAGCCACCCCAAUGGCCACAUGCCCAGCCCUGUCCGAUGUGCAUGGAGGAAUUACGACACAACAACCACAAUCCGACGGUUUCGCUGUCGCGCUGUCAGCAUCUGAUGCAUCUGAAUUGUUUGAACGAACUGAUUCUGGGGCAGCAGAAGGAAAAUCAGAAGAGCUUAUACAUCGAAUGCCCGAUUUGUAUGUCGGUUUAUGGCGAAAAGAUCGGUGAUCAACCACCGGGAACCAUGUCAUGGAUCGUCAUACCGAGAAGUCUUCCCGGUCACGAGGGCCAAAACACCAUUCAAAUUACGUACAACAUUGCAUCCGGCAUCCAGAACCAGGAACAUCCUCAUCCAGGAAGGGCCUUCUUUGCCGUUGGAUUCCCACGGACCUGCUUCCUGCCGGAUGGGAUUUUGGGGCGUAAGAUAUUGCGCUACCUGAAGAUCGCCUUCGAUCGGCGGUUGUUGUUUUCGAUUGGCCGUUCGGCAACCACCGGCCGGGAGGAUGUGGUCCUCUGGAACAGCGUCGAACACAAGACGCAGUAUUCGAUGUUUCCGGAUCCGCAGUACAUGCAGCGGUGUAUGCAGCAGUUGGUGCACCUCGGCGUGACCGAUUGAUGCCGUUGGGGUGAGAAGUUUUUACGGUUGUUUUAUCAUUUACUUCUUGUUUUUGCUAUUAAUCAAACGUACUGAAGUGACAAGACUGUGUGUUUGUGCGUGUGUUUUUUGGUGGAAUGAUCAGAUGCAGCUAUUGUUUUUUUUUUUUUUUUUUUUUGUGCAGAUAUUUUCUAACGGAUUGUGAUUUUUUGUUUUAUCAAGCUAUGAGAUUUGGAUAUCUUUAUUGUGAAACAGGGUUACUUCCACUCACUUGCUGUAAAAAAAUGUUUUUCAGAAUUAUGAAAUCAUGAGAUGGUAUAGUGAUAAUUAGAACUUGUAAGUUACAAGAUGAGGACGUGAAGUAUGUGUUUGACACAUAAAAUCUGUCAAUAUUGCUUUCAGUGCGUCACAAUAAGCGAUUUUACGACUCGUGAGUGCUCACUCUGAGUGAACGCUCACGAAUCAUAAGAUCGCUUAUUGUGACGUUCUGAAAUCAAAAUUGACAGGUUUUAUGAGUCAAACACAUUCUUUAAACCCUAUUCUCGGUACUUACAAGUUCAACAUAUCAUUUUAUCAUCAAAUGAUUGCAUAAUUCCGAAAAAUAU